GACGUUGAUUGGGUCUUCAGUAGUUAUCAGGACAAGUAGUUCUCAGCAACAACAAAUAAACCGAGAGAAUGAAUAUCAACAUAGUUUUGGCUUUAUUCGUUGUCCUCUGCCUGACCUUGAUAUCUGGUCAGAGGGAUGACUGCGAGGCACUGCGACGCGCAUGCGAAACUUGCUCGAGUAGUUUGAAUAAUCCAUCGGAUCGCAACCUACCCACUUUGAAUGCGGAGUGCAGGCGGAAGACUCGUAAUACCUGGAUUUGGCGCAAUGUUAACCGAUGCGAGCUUACCAGAUUGAAUUGUAUAGGAUCCAACCGUCGCAUGAACUGUGCAGAUAUUGCUGAACUUGCUAGAAUGCAGCGUGUCAGGACCUGAGGAAUUGUUGACAACUGAUAUAAUUAUAAUUCAAAAUUAAAUAUACAAGAGAGCAUUGAAGUAAAAA